AACAUCGCAGACAACAAACGAAGCCAAAUGUAAAAUUUGCAGAAAAGAAAUCGAGAAAAACAAAAAGAGCUAUGAAAGCAAACAUUCUCAGUCCGGGUUCCACUUCCCCCACUACUAAUCUCUAGUCUCUGCUCUUCCUCGGAGACCUUACCUUUUUCAUCUCUCCAAUGGCUACCACGCUCUUCCCCAUGUCUAUUCUCUUUUUCUUUCUCUUAUCCCUCCUCAAUCUUCCUCUGCAAACCCUAACAGCUUCGACUGAUCAGACAAUCAAAACCUUCAUCUUUCGUGUAGACGAGCAUUCCAAGCCUUCCGUAUUCCCCUCUCACUAUCACUGGUACAGCUCUGCCUUCGCCGAUCCAGUUCAAAUCCUUCACGUUUAUGACACAGUCUUCCAUGGCUUCUCUGCCACUCUAACUUCCACUCAAGCUGCUUCCAUCCUCCAAAACCCUUCCGUCCUCGCCGCCUUUGAAGAUCGUCUUCGGCAACUCCACACCACUCGUUCUCCUCAAUUUCUAGGCCUUCGGUACCAGCAGGGCCUGUGGUCGGAAUCGAAUUACGGAUCCGAUGUUAUAAUUGGAAUCCUGGACACUGGAAUUUGGCCUGAGCGGCGGAGCUUCUCCGAUCUGAAUCUCGGCCCUGUUCCGGCUCGGUGGAAAGGUGUCUGUGAGACUGGAGUUCAGUUCAGCUCUGCUCAUUGUAACCGGAAGCUCAUCGGAGCUAGGUUUUUCUCUAAAGGCCAUGAAGCGGCGGGGAGAUUCGGCGGACCUGGUGGAAUCGGGGGGAUCAACGAAACUGUUGAGUUUCGAUCGCCGAGGGAUGCAGAUGGUCAUGGAACUCACACGGCUUCGACUGCUGCAGGUAGACACACGUUCAAGGCGAGCAUGGCCGGGUAUGCGUAUGGAAUCGCGAAAGGUGUAGCUCCCAAGGCUCGAUUAGCUGCUUACAAGGUAUGCUGGAAGAACUCUGGCUGCUACGAUUCCGAUAUACUGGCUGCAUUCGAUCGUGCUGUCUCCGACGGUGUAGACGUGAUUUCUAUCUCAAUCGGUGGUGGUGAUGGCGUUUCUUCGCCGUAUUAUCUUGAUCCAAUCGCGAUUGGAGCUUAUGGCGCUGUUUCGAAAGGGGUUUUUAUGUCGUCUUCGGCCGGAAAUGAUGGACCGAAUGGCAUGUCCGUAACGAACCUUGCACCAUGGCUCACCACCGUAGGAGCUGGGACCAUUGAUCGCAGCUUCCCUGCCAGUGUAAUUCUCGGCGACGGUCGGAAACUCUCCGGCGUAUCGCUCUACUCAGGGAAGCCACUGAACGGAACCAUGUUCCCUCUGGUUUAUCCUGGUAAAUCGGAGGUCCUCGCUGCUUCACUCUGUAUGGAGAAUUCUCUUGAUCCCAACCUCGUCAAGGGAAAAAUUGUUGUCUGCGAUCGCGGAAGUAGUCCGAGAGUUGCCAAGGGUUUGGUCGUGAAGAAAGCAGGAGGUGUUGGAAUGAUUCUCGCUAAUGGAGUCUCCAACGGCGAAGGCCUCGUCGGCGAUGCUCAUCUUCUCCCUGCUUGUGCAGUUGGAGCCAAUGAAGGAGACACGGUGAAGUCCUACAUUUCGUCCUCUUCGUUUCCGACGGCCACAAUUACUUUCGGCGGCACCGUGAUCGGUGUCAAGCCGGCGCCCGUAGUGGCUUCUUUCUCUGGUCGAGGACCCAACGGUUUAACCCCGGAGAUCCUUAAACCGGAUCUCAUCGCACCCGGUGUGAACAUUCUAGCUGCCUGGACCGAAGCGGUAGGUCCAACCGGGUUAGAUUCCGAUAGCCGGAAAACUGAAUUCAACAUUUUAUCGGGCACGUCGAUGGCUUGCCCUCACGUAAGUGGGGCUGCGGCGUUACUGAAGUCUGCCCAUCCGAAUUGGAGCCCAGCAGCAAUUCGAUCGGCGAUGAUGACCACUGCGAGCAUCGUCGAUAACCGGCUGCAGUUGAUGACUGAUGAGUCCACCGGGAAACCAGCAACCCCGUACGAUUUCGGCUCUGGUCAUCUCAACCUCGACCGUGCAAUGGACCCUGGUCUGGUCUACGACAUUUCAAACAACGACUACGUGAGCUUCCUGUGUUCCAUUGGUUACGGACCAAAUACAAUCCAAGUGAUCACAAGGACACCAGUUAAUUGUCCGGUGAAGAAACCGUUGCCGGAAAAUUUGAAUUAUCCGUCGAUCAUGGCGCUUUUCCCGAGUACAUCGAGGGGGACCACGAGCAAGUCUUUCAUUAGGACGGUGACAAAUGUGGGACCGAUGAACUCGGUGUACAGAGCGAAGCUCGAAGCUCCUCCCAUGGGGAUUUCAGUGAUGGUAAAGCCGACGAAGCUGGUAUUCUCAGAGUCGGUGAAGAAGCAGAGCUUCGUUGUGACGGUAACUGCCAAUACUCGAAAUCUGGUGUUGGGUGAAUCGGGUAUAGUAUAUGGUUCGUUGUCUUGGUCGGACGGGAAGCAUGUGGUCCGAAGCCCCAUCGUGGUCUCACAAUUGGAAUCAUUGUGAUCGACGGUUGAAUUUAUUUUAAUGCAUCCAUCGGCUGGUAAGAUUGGAACGUUAGAUUAGGUUAGGCCGAGUGUGAUUGAAUAUUCGCUCGGUAGAUGAGAAACAAAAACAGUUCCAGCAUUAGCAGGCUAGCAGCAGGGUUUAUUUUAUUAUAAAUAGGAUUGGUUGUUUCUGUUUUUUUACUUUGAACAUGUUAGGUUUUGGGUUGGGUUGUUACUUGUCAGACGUUCUCCUUUUUACGGUUUUGAUUUCCUCUUGGCUGUUUUUACUCGUGUAUUACUCGCACAAUGUAUGUAAGUGAAGCACUAAAGACAUAAUAUAGAUGGUGCAAUGCUCUUCAUGCACGUUUGCCCCAA